CUCCUGCUCACGAUGGCGCUUUGUUCAUUCGUUGACCACCUUUGAGUCAUACCCAUUCGACGCGUAUUGACGCCCACCAUCCGCAACUUAAUUCCACAAAACCUUCUCGCACAGGUCAAACACUGUGAUAUGUCAUCGAUCCCCGACCAAUCGCCUGCCGACCCGGCCCCGACUCCCUCUCCCUUCAACUACAUUCUUUCAUUCCUCCUCGUCGGCAUCUGCUGGGGCUUCACCACACCCUUCAUCCGUAAAGCCGCAGUCAACUAUACGGCCCCAACCCAUUCCUCCAUCACCGACCCUCGACGGUCGUGGCUGUCGCGACAGUUGGCGAAGGCUUUCUUCACCGUAUUGGGCUUGCUCCGAAGUCCUGGAUAUGCCGUACCUUUGAUCUUGAAUUUGACCGGCAGCAUUUGGUUUUUCUUGCUGGUGGGCCAAGCUGGCAAGUUAUGCACCCUUCUCGUCUUUCCAUGCCCCUUCUCGAAUCCAUCAAUCCUCGCGUCGUUCGUUCGGCCUUUCUCCAAGCCUUGCGGAUAUGACGAGUAACUGACGGGCUCCCAGAACUAUCUUUGACAGUCCCCAUCACCAACUCUUUGGCAUUUCUCUUCACGGUGCUCGGGGAAUGGUACGCCGAAGGCAAGUUGAUUACAAGGGACACUUGGGCCGGCAUGCUCUUGGUCUGUGCCGGAAUUGCUCUCUGUGUCUACUCCAAACUAUGAGGUCUAGUUCCCAACCUACUCCACUGAUUGGUUGAUGGGGUGGUUACAUAUCCAAUUAACGCCCAGCGGAAGUUAGGCUAAGCAAGACCGUACAUAUACCUAUAUAUACAUCGACCGCUGUGUCUUCCGCCCUGGAUCCUGAUAUCCAAUUCAAUAUACUAUCAAAACAUGCCGAGGAUGCGCU